UCCACAUGCACACACCCGCGGCGGGAGGAGGAGGAGGAGCGGCAUCCUCUGCGUCCUCUGCCCUGCGAUUUAAUUCCUCCCCCCCUUCCCCGGGUCCUCCCGCUCGCGCCGCUGAGGUUAUUUUAUUGAAUUUCUUUAACGCAUCCUCGCUCCGGGGGUGCGGCCGCCGGCAGAGGGGGGGAUCCAUCGCACGCCGGGGGGUCCCCGCGGCUCCGGGGAAGGUCGCUGACACUGUGGCUGCAAUUUACCCGCCAGACCUCAACCAAACACUAACAUUUCGAGAAACAGUUGGAUACGUACAGUUCCUUGUCCAGGAUGCCGUUCAAAGCUGGAUUAGAACUGACUGAAUUGCAGAAUAUGACUGUCCCCGAAGAUGAUAACAUCAGCAAUGAUUCAAAUGAUUUCACAGAGGUGGAAAAUGGCCAGAUAAAUAGCAAGUUUAUCUCGGACCGAGAAAGCAGAAGAAGUCUCACAAACAGCCACCUGGAAAAGAAGAAGUGUGAUGAAUAUAUUCCAGGAACGACUUCUCUGGGAAUGUCCGUCUUCAACCUCAGCAAUGCCAUCAUGGGCAGUGGCAUUCUAGGCCUCGCUUUUGCAUUGGCCAACACAGGAAUUCUCCUUUUUUUGCUGCUUUUGGUUUCCGUGACGUUGCUGUCUAUUUAUUCAAUAUAUCUCCUGUUGGUGUGUUCAAAGGAAACAGGCUGCAUGGUAUAUGAAAAGCUUGGUGAGCAGGUCUUUGGCACCCCAGGGAAAAUGAUUGUCUUUGGAUCUACAUCUCUUCAGAAUGUUGGAGCAAUGCUGAGCUAUCUCUUCAUAGUCAAAAAUGAGCUGCCUUCUGCCAUAAAGUUUCUAAUGGGAAAAGAAGAAACUUUUUCGGCAUGGUACGUGGAUGGGCGGAUUCUUGUUGUCACAGUGACGUUUGGUAUCAUCCUCCCUUUAUGUCUCCUUAAGAACUUAGGGUAUCUUGGCUAUACCAGUGGAUUUUCAUUAAGCUGCAUGGUAUUUUUCCUCAUAGUGGUUAUUUACAAGAAGUUUCAAAUUCCCUGUUACGAAUUGGAGCUAAAUGCAACAUCACCUAUCCUAUCAAAUAGCUCAGCACAUGAGCAUAUGUGUAAGCCAAAGUAUGUUAUCUUUAAUUCCAAGACUGUGUAUGCUUUGCCCACCAUCGCUUUCGCGUUCGUGUGCCACCCAUCAGUCCUUCCAAUUUACAGCGAACUUAAAGACCGUUCACAGAAAAAAAUGCAGUUGGUUUCAAAUAUCUCAUUUUUUGCCAUGUUUGUGAUGUACUUUAUGACUGCCAUAUUUGGCUAUUUGACUUUCUAUGACAAUGUGCAGUCAGAUCUGCUUCACAAGUACCAGAGCAAAGAUGACAUCCUCAUCCUGACGGUGCGCUUGGCUGUGAUUGUUGCGGUUAUACUCACAGUGCCAGUGCUGUUUUUUACUGUACGUUCAUCAUUAUUUGAGCUGGCAAGAAAAACAAAAUUUGACUUAUGCCGUCACGUUGUGGUUACUUUUGUCCUUUUGGUUAUCAUCAACCUGUUAGUCAUUUUUAUCCCAACCAUGAAGGAUAUUUUUGGAGUCGUAGGUGUCACUUCUGCCAAUAUGUUGAUUUUCAUUCUUCCUUCAUCAUUGUAUUUAAAAAUUACGCAUCAGGAUGGAGCAAAACUGACUCAGAGGAUUUGGGCUUCUCUUUUCUUGGCACUGGGGAUAAUGUUUUCCCUAGUGAGCAUCCCUUUGGUAAUCUAUGACUGGGUACAGUCAGGCGGCAGUGCCGAAGGCCACUGAAGCUGACCUUCUGAAAAGGAGACAUCCCUGUUUGCUACACACCAAAAUCGCAACCAUCCGUUCUGUUAUCUAUUCCACCUUUUGUGAGUUUACUCAAAUCAAAUCCAAAUAAUGAUUUUCCAGUACUGAAAAUACUGUUAUGGGUGUAUUUUCUUGCAGAAAACAGACCCAUUUUUCCAACAGGCAUAUCACUCUGUCCCAUGAUACUGAGUUAUCAGAUCAGCGUUAAGUCUGUGUUAAUUGUUGAGAGACUAUAUAGAGCGUUGCUCAUAGGAACUCAUCACAAUUAGUUUGUUUUUCCUCUUCCACCCAUGAACUGUAUUGUUCCGUUAUUAUUCUUAGCCCUUGAACCAUAAGCUCUGCUCCUUUAAAGCAGCAGCAUUUGUUGUUAUCAAUCCCAGCUGGAGUGAUUGUCCCAGAUGUCAUCAGUUCACACCCUUUCCCUUUGCCUUUUAACCAAAACUCUGCUCUCGAAUUGUAUGCAUUCGGUUUGUUUGUUUGUUUGUUCUGUUGCUGUUUUGUGCACCAUUUGCCUCACCAAGUGUCGCAUUCUUGGUACAGACAGAAAAAGCACCAUGAGUGUAAAUGAGCAUUGUGUAAACCUAGGUCCUAAAUCUGGUGCUUCUCUCUGUAGCGUUGUGGUGGAGGAGCCAGCCCUAGUCUCGGCUCUUUAGUUGCUUUGGGGAGCAGACCUCUGUGUGUGUGUGUUUUUGCAAAGGGGUGCAGGGAGUAGGAGAGGGACAAUCACCACCAGCCACCAUUUCCCUGCUACAUUUCAGUUUGAACCUGGCCACCAGUAGACUUGACAGCCAGCAAUGAGUACUUGAACCUGACCAGAAGCAGACGCUCAGAGAUAUCCGUAGGAAAUCUGCAUUUUCUUCAGCAUUAAACUGUUUGCUAAUGCCCUGUUCUUCUCAGAAAGAAAUGGCAAGCUCCAGUUUUAUCAAAACCUACAUGUUUAAUCAUACCUCAUGCCUUUUGCAUUCUUGGAUUCAUCUGUACACACCUACGGCCUUGUAGAGACUGGCUCCUCUCUUGUGUCUCAUCCUCCUCCCACUGAAGUCAGCAGGGUUUCUGACAGCAGCGGGAGUAGGAUCUGACUCACCCUACUAAACUACUGGAUAUCUAAUGGAAAUUGAAAUCUGUAACGUUUAUUUCAACAAACAUAAACAUUUUAUAUAUAUGAAAUGUUUUAUUUACAUUUCACAUCAAUUCUCCAUAGCAAUUACAGAAAAUACAUUAAAUUACUACUAGCAGAAACACUGUAACUUGCAUCUGUUGUCCACAAAACAAGCAUUUGCCUAAUGCCUUAUAGCUGGUGUAGAGAACUGCUUGUAGAGAUUCAAAUGCUAAGCAGGUGAUUGUUGACCAUCCUCAGCAGACAUCUAUUAGUGCACUGCCAGAAGCAUAAAUGUGAGCUAAAAAGUGUCUUCAGUUUUGCUCUUGAGAUGAAUCAGGCUCCCUCUGAAAAAAACUAUGGCUAAGGGGAGCCCUAGAUCACAUGCAAGGGCUACGUAAUGCCCUCUGUGUGUUUGAGAUGUACCUGUCAGUAUGCAGUGACCCUCUUGUUCCCUGUGGCUGGUUCAUUUCCAACUCCCAUUGUAGCUGUGGAAGGAGUCUGUCAUUAGCAGCACUGCCUGUGGGUAAUCUAUCAUUGCAGCUUGUUCUUUUUGAGGUCGGGGGUGGAGAAUUCAGGAUCCUGGGAUUUCUGUGAGCUAUUGAAUUGCCUCAGUUGCCACUGCCUUAUCCUACAUGGCUUGAACUUGGGAGUUGAGACUGCAGAGCACUUCUCAGGACCUUGGGAGUUGGUUUCUAAGGGUGACAUACAGAGAGGUUAGUUUGGGGCCUUACUUGGAAUUUAGGAACCAACAUGCAGAGAGGUCCUCAGAGCAGCCUGGCAGCAAGAACAAGUCCCCUCCCUUCUAACAAAGGCAUACUGGCCUACAGAGUGGGGCUCCUUCUACCUGUCCUGACCUGCCACACUUUCAUUCCCAGCGAUACAGGCUCCCAGCAAGCUCUCCAGCAUGACAUCCUUCCUCCCGUGCAGCCCAGGGUUUAAAACACAAACAGCUGAGCUAGAUGGGAUCAGGCAGGCUGAGGAUCAGCUGUUUGUGCUUUUCAGCAAGUGGCCUCAAAUGCCCGUGCCUGUGACAGCACAGGUCACCAGUUCUCCCACAACUCCCCUUUAUGUGAUCAAUACUGCCUUAGGUGGGCCCUCAUUCACAGAAGUCCAUACUGUAGCCUACAAGACCAGGGGUUAGUGAAACCGCAGAGAGAAUAACCUGUGCUUGCUGUCUCCUCUCAGCUCAUUCCGGGCAUCCUCCCAGCUCAGGACGUGGUUUGGGGUUUCCCUUUCACAAGCACACAACUCUUCCCUGGUAGUUAAAGCAGGAGCCUGGCAUCUAGCUGCUCUCUGAAUCAGAAAGACUUCUUACCAAGGCCUGUAGAGACAAGGCAAGGGGCAACACUUUUAAACUGGAAGAGGGUAGAUUUAGAAUGGGUGUGAGGAAGAAGUUUUUCAUGGUGAGAGUGGUAAGGCGCCGGAACAGGUUGCCCAGAGAAGCUGUGGAUGCCCCCUCUCUGGAAGUGUUUGAGGUCAGGCUGGAUGGGGCUUUGAGCAUCCCGGUCUGGUGGAAGGGGUUGGAACUAAGUGGUCUUUAAGGUCCCUUCUAACCCAAACCAGUCUAUGAUCAGUUUGCUGGGAUCACAUGUCAGGAUAUAAUCUCUCUGGAUCUCAUCCCAGAAAAAACUAACUCAGACCUGAGAAUGCUGUACAGUGUUAUCCUCAAAAUACUCCAGGGCUCUUCUGCUUUCCUUCCCCCUUUAUCCUCCUACUACUGAUUUUUGAGCGGUGACUCUCUGUGCACUGGGGGGUUGUAAAAGAGGAGAUCCUGGGAGGGAUUUUCAAAUACCCAGGUAGGAGCUAGAGGUCUGAUCUGCUGCAUGGGGUCCCAGAAAGGUCACAACUAUGACAUCUGCCCCCUAUCCAUAUUACGUAGUCUCGUGUUUCAAAUACUGACCAUUGACUUUUGACACCCAGCUACCCUGGACCUGAAGGGCUGUUGGGUGGCUGAUUGCUCUUUGCAUCUUCCUUAGUGUCCUCCAUCACAACCCUUCUCCCUCCUCUUUGCUCUUCUGCCUUCUUCUUUUUCCCAGUUUAUAUGUGUACUGGAGUUUUACUGGAUGAAUAGGGAGAAGGAUGAGCUGGGUGUGCACAGAAUGAAAUUACCCAAGGUACUGGACCAUCAAAGCAUAUCUUAGAUACUGAAAGACAGAUACCAUUUCAGGUAUCUCUAUUGAGUCUUUAAAUAGGCUUUUUUCUGGGUCUGUAAAAAAAAAAAAAAGAAAAAAAAAAGAGGGAAUUUUGCUUAGGCUGAUUUACUGGCAUCAUAUUUAUAGAUAUUUAUGGAAAGGAAUCAUGUGUUUAUUGAUGUCUGUGGUAAUGAACGUGAAAUAACGUGCUUUUUGUUUUCUCAUCAGGUUUAUACAUUCUUAACAGAAUGCAAUAGACCCUGCUGUAACUGUCAACAUCAGUGAUGGAUGACAAUAUUUGUAUGAGGUUAUCUGUAAAAUGUACUGCUGUUAUUCAGUUCAUUUGGAAUAGUGAACUUGUAGCCAACAAUGUACGAGUCCCACAUUUUAGCUAGGAUUUUAAGAGCACAGUGAAAUGCUGUAGGAGUUUCUCUGUUGUUAAUUAAUAGGAUCCAGAGUACCGUAUCUACUUAGUAGGUGGUAGCAUGCUUUCUUUUCAUAGAGAGUUUAUCACUAUCGUGAGCACUGCAAAUUUCAUAGACUAGAUGAAAAAAUGCUCCUAAUAACUGCAACAAAGUAAUUUAAACUUAUUUUUUGCAUAAUAGCAACAACUGAGUGGCGAAGGACAAGGAAAGACUAAAUAGAAGCAGGGGCUCCUGUUAAGAUUGCAGGAGCUAAUCUUACACUGAAAAGACAGCCUUGCUGCCUCUCCUAGUCCACAGCACAUUGCAAAGAAAAUAGCCUUGAGCUUAAACAACCCUUAUGGUUGCAGAAUACAGCUGCCCUUCUCUGGCCAGCAGCAAGCAUGCCUAGUAAGUAAAACACAGUGGAUUGUUACCUGGGAGCUGUGUGUUGGGAGCUGUGAUCUCUCUGGGUGAUGCUUGCUCCUGAUCAGAGGGCUAAUGCCAAAUCUGUGCACCAGCACAGACCUUUCCUAGGGCUGACACAGACCCAAGCAGUGCCCAUCCCCUGUGUGGGGCUGCGGGGGAAAGGCCAGCCCCAUCCUGUGAGGGCAGGGACACCCACCCCUUCCAGAGGGCUGCUGUCCUGAGCCUCACAGAGAUCCACAGCUUGUGCUCCCCUUGGAACAGGUCAUAUCUGCAAAUGCAGGUUGGGUGAUAGAUGGGUUUUGUCUGUACAUCUGCCUUACAAUGCACAAGCACCACAGCUCUCUCUGAUAUUGAGUAUUAACAGUAACAAUUAAUGGUAUCUCUAGCUCAUCGUUAAAUUUACAUGUUUCUUUGCUUGAGCCUUACAUUAAGGCUAAAGAGCAUCUUGGUCAAAACAAAACUUUCCAUGUGGUGUUGUCCCACCUCCAGUCCUACCGUCCCACCCUGGUGCCUUUAUGAGGGAGGCACAGCCGAAUGUAGUCAGGUCCAUCAGCGGUUCCACAAGAUGGCUUUAUCGCUUGGUGCCAGGGUGCUCGCUUAAACAGUUCCCCAGAGCACCUGGCAUCAGGAAAAUCCUUAUUUCCUAUAACACAAAGAAUGUUUUAUUUGUAUCUAAUGUAAGGAUUUCUGUAACAAACUGUGAAAAAAAAAAAAAAGAUAAUUAAUAAAAAGUACAGGGCUGGAAAGGUCUAGAAUUCACAGAUUGUACACAUGCCUAUGUUUCUGAAGACAAAUCUAUGCAGUUGUGUUGUAUUGUAGGAAAUUUCAUUUUUAUGUAUAUAUAUAUAUUGUAAAUAAAUAGGAUGCUGUAUAUUUUUGCAGUUGUUUAUGCCCUAUUAUAUAGAAGUGUUGAGAUAGGCUCUGCAUAUUAAGAAUAAUUUUAAUAGAUAUACAAAUACUUUAGCUUCAGACUUAGCAAAAUGUAUAUCCUUUCCUUUCUCCCAAGAGUUCACAAUUUGAAUCCCAAACUUGAAAUUAUAAUUACAUUGCUAAUGUAAUAACAAGAAAAAGAAAAAGGAAGGAAGGAAGGAGAAAGAAAGAAAGAAAGAGAGAGAGAGAAAGAGGGAGAAAAAAAGUGACCCAAUGAAAUUGCUAGGAAUAAUUCCAGCUCAGGUCUCCCUGUUUUCUCCAUAGCAAGUUAUCCAGUCUUACUACUGGGUACGAUAUCUCCCUGCAUAAAGUGCCCGCUUGGUACCAGGUACCUGUUCCUCAGCCGAGGCCAGGUGGCAGCAACAUGCUGAAAUGGACUUAUGCAGAAAGUGGAGCAAGCUGCAGCCAGCAGCCUGCCCCAGCAUUAUGCCACGCUGGGUUUCAGGCCUGUAUAUCAUUCCACAGAAGGUAACUAGUACAGAUGGAAGUCAGACCAGGACUUGUGCACUCCCUUUUCAGCCAGCAGAAAUGUAGAUCAGAAAAAAAAAAAAAGUAUCACGUGCCAGGGGUGAGUGACAACCAGAGCGAUUUGUUCUGUUUGUAGCCUGCUCCCUGCAGUUCCCUUGCUGCAGAGCCCUGUGGCUGCUCCUUCAAGACAGACCCAGGCAUGCAGCUAUUGUGUGCCCACAACACUAGCAUCUCCUGUGCUGGGAGAGCAUCCCCUGCCCAGGGACAGCUUGUACAUCCCUUGUGUGAUCAGGCGGACACCAACAUUUUGGUCAUGGGAUGGCUGCAUGUCCAGGGUGGGUUCGAUGGAAGGGGACAGGUGUGUAAGCCCUGAGAGUGCCUCCGUGGGAGCGCAGCCUCAGCGCUGCAGGCAAGUGCUGUCAAUAGUUUUGCAUAGGGUCUCUCACUGGUAAAGCGCAGAAGUGCUUUUUUUCAGGACUGAUUAAAAAUGGAGGUUGAGAAAUGCAUCUAAACAUAAUUGUAUGUUUUUCUUGUUUAAUUUAUGGUCUUGGAUGAAAAUGAAACUUGAAAUAACAUUUGCUUUAACCAUGAGCACAAAUUUGAGGAAAAAUUUAUAUGCAGUCACUUCUAUGGAGCUUUUCAAAUUAGUACAAGUGUACGUUUUGUUUUCAGUGUUACAGCCAACAAAAUAUAAUCUGUAAAGGUAUUUUUCCACAAGACUUGAACUUUAACGUGUUUACAGAAAGCUGUUUUUAGCAUCCCAAGAUAUGUUAAGGCUUACCCAGAUCCAGUAUAAACAAUACUGUUUGAAUGAUGUACACUUGAUAUGAGCUCAUCUCUAAUAGAUUGUUCAAGUGAGUGAAUGGUAAUAUUUUGCUCCUGCUAACAUCACCAUAUUUUGUGCUGUUCAUAUUCGAAUAAAAGAUGCAGUUUUUCAGUUUCUGUGUGUAAAUAAAGAAAAAAAAAUGUAUUAAGUUCUAUAAUCUCUGUUACCUCUAUAGUUUUUAAACAUUAAAAUUGUGAUCUAAA